AUGACCAGUCAAUGCCUGUGUGCGGGGCAACCAUCGCAGCCUCAUUUUCAGUUUUCCUCUGCACAAUAACUAGUGAUGGAGCAGCAUCACAAAUCUUGCACAAGACUACAAGAGAUGCAUCUACAUCCCCUGCAGCAAUAGCAACAGUGACCAGUUCAUCCGGGCCAACAGAAAGACAAUGUUGGUUUGCAGGAUACGAAAGUGUGGCAUACAAUUCUGAUGCACUUCAUGGGCUCACAAACGUGUCAGCUGCUGUAUUUGCUCUCCUCCUCAGUGUACUGCAAACUGCAGCUACAGUGCGUGAGGGUGAUAUAAGCCUUCCAAAUAAGUUGCUGCUGUUCCUUAUGAAAUUGAAAUUAGGCAUAUCGUUUGUAUCACUCAGUUUUCUGUUUGGCAUCCAUCCAUCCACAGCAUCUCGAAUAUUUCAGUUUGUACUUUACAAACUAGCAAGUGCAACAAGAGAUUGGAUAUUUGUUCCCAGCCGUGCAUCUAUACUGUCUGCAAGUCCACCUUGUUUCAAGCUUCACUAUCCCUCGUGUACAUUUAUCUUAGACUGCACUGAGAUCCGAACGGAAACACCUCCAACAGUGCAACAACAACGUGCCCUGUUUUCAGCCUACAAAAAUGGUUACACAGUUAAAUUCCUUGUUGGUGUUCUCCCAAAUGGGAUGGUUGCAUUCAUUUCAAAGGCAUAUGGUGGACGAGCAACUGACUCAUUCAUUACUGUCAACUCUGGAUUUUUAAAUCAUGUACAGAGAGGAGAUGUUAUUCUUAGUGACAAGGGCUUCCCUGGGAUAAGGACAGACAUGAAAAACCUGGAUGCUGUACUAGUGAUGCCUCCGUUCUCAAGUGGAGGUCAAUUUAGUGAAGAAGAGAUGAGGACCACGUAUAAUAUUGCACAAGUUCGUAUUCACGUGGAGCGAGUCAUACAGAGGAUCAAAAUAUUCAACAUCUUAAACACUCAGGUUCCAGUAACGCUCCUGCCACACAUCGACAACAUAUUUCACAUGUGUUGUGUGUUAGCAAACUUGCAAAGUCCGAUCAUCAAGGUUCAGUAGUCAUGAAACUGCACACUGGCGGGGUAGACAAAUGAUGUAGGAUUAUUUGUCGUGUUAAUGUGAAAUUGUGCUCUGCAUACAAACAGCCAAAUAAAUUUAACCCUUUGUAGUGUAGUUACCCUAUUUACUUUGAAAAUUGGUCAUGAAUUGCGUGUGAAUAGUAAAAAUAAAGCACCCCAGGAAAGUAUUGGUUAGAUGCUGCCACUCAAAAGCAGACUCACUUUAUUUUGCAUUUAUGCAAACCAUAAAUUAUGUCAGCCUUUGCAAAUAGUGUUCAAAAUAAAACUUCUCAAGCUUGGGCACAACCUCA